AUGCCACCCAGAGUCAGAGCAGCCUUGCGUUCUGCGGGAAGUGGUAGGAGAGGCGCGACCGGAAGCCCUACGAUACCAGUUAAUGAGACCGCUGAUGAUACCGUUGAUGAUACCGUUGAUGAUACCGCUGAUGAUACCGCUGAUGAUACUUAUAAUAUUGCCGCUAAUACUACGAUACCCUUAAAUGCCGAAUUAACAAGUGAAGUUACUGCCGUGGAAUCUACGAGUUCGAGGCAGAACGUGCAAGGGGCGAUUGCCGAUAUAGAGGGGCGAAUUGGUCGGGGCCCAUUAAAUUCCCGUCCACAUAAUGGGGGCUGUGCGGCUAGUGACUCCGAAGGGCAAAUUAUACCAGGUGAUACUUCUCGAUUGUCGACGGGAAGAGGCCUUGGCCUCAUGGCUUACAGUGGCGGCGGUGGACAGACAAUCGAUUCGCAGCAUGGGUUCCAUGCUGGCGGUGUAUCUGGCUCGGCGGAGCCCUUAACUAUCAGUAAUACGAGUGGUGGUACCCGCGGGGACUCAGCCGAUGUCCUAGCCAGGCGACUCUCGCUCAUCGAGAGGACGUUAGAGAGGUUGGCUUUGAAAGUGGACGAGAUGAAUGAGAAAGCAUCCGAGCGCAGUGGUCGAGAGCCGACUGGAAGGGAGCGCAGAGAAGGGAAGCCAGCGGGCGGAGAUGAUCCGAAACCCCUAGACUCCGAUUCGGAUGUGAGUACUGCCUGUAAGCCAUGGCAGCUAGGGAGGAAUAUGUGUCGGCUUAUGCGUCGGGUUAACUCUGGAAAGAUCAAGAAUUUGGAGGCGUCUGCUAUUGUUGGCCAUCUCCAAUAUCCUCUUCCCGAUAACUGGGAUCUCGAUGGGGUUGGAUGCCUUGACAAUCCCAAACUGUUGAGGUUGGCUGGGAAAAUACCGCACCCAGCACUGAGGAAUUUGCGUUCUCCCAGUUAUAUGCCGAAAGGUAAGAAGAAUCGGCCGGUGGGGCAGAAGGAGAUCGAAGCCCUCAAGUCGCCCACAACCCCCGAUUGUUCCCGUUUCCUACGUCUCUGGGUGCGUCUGACGGAAGGUCAGCGCCACAGUGCACGUAGCCUCUACAGUGGUCUCUGCGAUGUUUCUAUCGACUACAUAGAGCCCAUAGUUGGAGCGUAUAGAAAUGAUUAUGUCGUGCGCAAAUUGUUGAGCUGUAUUGACGAUGAGUCGGCUCUUCAGUACGAAGAGCUAUUUUUCCGUGGGCUACAUGAAGGGCUCCUAUUGCACAUCAUGCACCAGUGUAUCCCUGUCUUCGAGGGCGAUUCUCUCGCUAUAUUGAAGCGUGACCUACAGCCUGGCGGGGAAAAGUUUGUUGCACCAUUGUGUAAGAAGUUCGUGAAGAAUUAUGAGAGACUGAUUGAGCGCGGCGGAAGUCCCUCCAAUGAUUAUGUGAUCUCUGUCUUCCUUGGCGAACUACCCCCGCACGUGCGUUCCCGUAUGCGCAGGGUGUGA